AUGGUGGAACUCGAGGCUCUCGAGCGAGGUGACUGCAAGAGACUCAAGGAGGAUGGCUCCGGAAGCGUGGUCCAUUCAACAGAAAUCGAGCGGGGCCUGAACCAGCCUGCUUCGAAGUCUGCACAGCUUCUUGGCGCCCCUCAGCCUUUCACCUUGCACGUCUUCACCAUGAGCGGCCAUUGCCUCCUCGAGUUGGAGAUCAAACCGCCCGAAGUGCCAAGGAUGGAGGAGCUGGCAGCAGAGGUUGGCUUAGCCAUGAAGGUCUCUGCUGGAAGGGUGUCCCUUUUGCACGGCACUGAGAAGUUGCCACUCAGCCAGGACGUUUCCGUGCUCCCGAGGCAAGACGAUGAUCUUCUGGAGCUGCAUGCCAUCGCAGACGAGCUGGGUGCCCGGCAGUUGGAGAUGCGGCCGGGAAGAGUGACUGCAGUGCGGCUUCAGGGGCCGACGAGGCUUGAAGUGGAGUUCGCACCCGGGGAAAUCUCAGAGCCGCACUCGCUGCCUCUGUGUUACAAUCACACGGUCGUCGUCAGGUCUGACAUCCCCAAGCUCCUGUACUCGACUCAAGUCGCGGGUGGGACCGACCUCGAAGUCUCCUCCAUGACCUUGCUUGCCACACUGCCGCGCAGCGCAUUGCAGGAGCUGCUGCUCCUGCGCCCCAGCGUGAGUAUCCGGACAGAGGCGAUGAUGCGACCAGGUGAGGGGGCCUACCGCCCCGUUCUCAUGGCUUUUCGAGAGUCGCAGUUCGAGAGGUGCAGCGUGCAAAACGGCAAGCAGCACCUUUGCCGGCUGGUCAGAAAGCUCGCGGCUUAUUGGGUCUUGGACUGCCUCGCGCUGCUGAUGUCUGCCGUUGUCGCCAUUAUGGAGCUGGUUGCGGGGAGCCCUUUGUUUGGGUCCUUGCUGGCAGCCACGCUCUGGCUUCCCGGCUUCAUCUGGGCCUGCAGGUACCAGGCAUAUACUUUCGAUCGGAAGUUCGUGGGCUUUGGCGAACUCAUGAUUUGCCCUGUCGGCUUUGCGAGCUUUUGCUGUGGGAUUGUCUGGCUCUGGGUUCCCUUGGGACUCCUGGCGGGCACCUUCGUGGUCAGCGGCUGGCACUUCUUGGGCUUGAUGCGGGUCGCUUGCAGCCGCAAGGAGGACGUCGCCUUGCCCUUCGAUUUGGAGAAGCUGUACUUGUUCGAGCUGUACAAGCGCGACGUGCGGCUUUUCAGCGACGGCCUGCGAUUUGGGCUCCUGGCCGGGGUCUUCGCGCUGCAGCAGGGCAGUCGGAACGAAAGCCUUGUUGCGCUGAUUGCUACAGUGCUGGCGGGAUCGGUCUCGCUGCUGCGUCAUCGACGUGCACUUUUCGUUGAGGCAUUCAAGCACUUCGAUGAGGUGACGAUGGAGCAGCUUUCCGACUGA